AUGAAUAAAAUACCAAUCAAUUCACCUAUUAAAGAUGACUCAAUUAAGUACCUUUAAAUUAUUCGAGAGAAAGAGGAAUCAAUUCAAGCACUUUAAACUAUAAAUGAUUAAUUGAGAUAAGAUAUAAUUCAACUUUAAAGUCAACUUGCAGAAUCUUUUAACAAUAAAAAUUUCAAAUACUAAAAAUUAGAAGAAUCCAAUUAACAAUUAAAAGUAAUGUUAACAGAUACAUAGAAUCUUGUAUUAUAAUAUCAAAGUGAUAUUGAUAUAUAUCAUUAAAUUGUAGAAUAAAUAAUCAAAUCUACUCAACUCUAUAGAUUUAAUCAAAAAACAACAAUCCCUCAAAUUCUAAAUUUCUUAAAUCAAGAAGUCUAUAAUUAAGACAUUGUCAAUCUUUGGAAUGAAUUAAAAUAAAUUCUAAAGUAAGCUAUAAAUUAGAUAAAUAUUAAAAUGUCUUCUCCUUAAUUAAAAGAAAUAUAUACAAAAUUCUAUAAGAAUUAUGAAAAUCAAUAUCAUCCAUUAUCAACUAUGUCAAUAUUUGAAGAAAUCAUUUUAAUGUUAAAUGAAAAAGUAUCUCAAUAAAUUGAAACAUAAGUAAUGAAUUAUUCUGAUUAAUUUACACAUUAAAUAAAUAAGAUCAAUCUAUUUGAAACUUCAAUUGUUUUAAUCAAUUUUGAAGAAGAUUAACUUAAAAAGAAAUUGAAAUCUUAAUAAAAAUAAAUUAUUUAACUUAAAGAGGAAUUAGAAUCAUAAUUAAAAAUUAACAAGAUUUUUGAAGAAUAAAUAUAAACUUUAACAAUGAAAAGUUCUGAAAGAAAACCUUUUAUUGAAAUAUUAAGUAUAAAAGAUGUUAGUUCUUCAUCAGAAGAUGAUAAUGUUGAAAUAUUAAAAUUAAAUAAUGAAUUAGAAUAAAAAGAUACACUUAUUUAAAAGUUAUAAUAAACAAUCUAAAAUCAACAAUUAAUGUUAGAUAGAGUAAAUAUAGAGAAUUAAUAUUGGGAUUUAAUUAUUAAUUGUGAUGAGGAUAGUUUAUUCACAAUAAUUAAUUAAGGAUGGACAUUAAAUUUUAAAUAAGAUUAUGGACUUUCAAAUUAUCAAGUUUUUUAUUCAUUUCUUGGUUUUGAUAGUUCAUAUUUAUAAUUCAUUUUAGAGAAUUUAUUUGUUAAUGAUUUUUAUUUCUAAAAAUUAUCAGAUCAAACUUAUUUAUAAUUAGCAAAUAAUUAACUUGCAUAUUUAAAAUCAAUAUUUUGUAAUGAAUAUAAUACUCUUAUUUAAACAAAAGUAUUACAUCCAUUAGUAAAUAAUUUUUAUGAAACAAGUGAAUUGGUGGAAGGAUAAUAAAUGUUAAAUGAAUUUUGGAUAAAAUUUUCACUAAAUAAUGGAAUAUUAUUUCUAUGUUUAAAAAAUUAUAAUGAAUAAAACUUAACUUUGUUAUAGUUAGCUAUUAAUAUUCAAAAUUAAAUUGAGUAAACAUCAGUUUUAAUAGUAAUAUUUGAAGAUGAAUAUACAGAGUCUGAUGUUGUAAUGAAAAUAAUUUAAUCAAAUGAAUUUAUUGGUGUAGAUGAUGAAAUAGAUGAUUAAUAAUAAAAUAUUAGAAUUAGUAUGACAAGUGGAGAUAAUUUUGAUUUUAAUAAUUUAAAUAAGAGGAUAAGCAAAUAAAAAAUAGAUUAUGUAUAAUAAUUAAAUCAAUUUAUGAAACAUAAUUUAGAUGUGUAUUUUAAGAAAUCAGAAUAAUCUAAAUUAGAAUUCAAUUAAUCAUUACUUUCUGAAAAUGUAUAUGAAAUGAAAUUAGUUUAAAGUUAAGAAUCAGAUUAAAUUAAAAUAUAAACAUAUAGUUAAGUAUAAGUCAUAAAGAAUGAUGAAAUAAUGAUCCAUAAAAUAUCAGAUAGUUAAUAUGAUAUAUUCUUUUUUGAAAAAUUAUAAGAAGUCAGAUUAAAAAGCUAUUAAAUUAAUAAUUAAGGUUUAAUUAUAAAAUUAAAAUGUACUUUUGACAAUGAUGAUAUGAUUACUAAAUAAUACAUAUUAAAAUCAACAUAUAUCAAAGAAGAUUAAGGAGAGAUAUCACACACUAUUUUUGAUAAUAAACUGAUUUUGUAAUUAUGA